CCUUACAACAUGCUUGCCGUUCGGUUACUUUCGGCCCUGCUUCUCACCGCGACUGGUGGGCUCAGCCAGGCUUCGUCAACAAACUUGCGGCCGCGCAAUAUCACAGGUCUGGUCUAUCACCUCUACGCGUGGACGGGAUCAUACUACAACGGGACGACGACAAUUCGCAUUCAACCUCAGGACCUUUUUCCCGACACCGAAUGUGAUACUUUCGCGAAAGAAGUAGAAGUGAGCUAUGAGAGCUCGGUGCUCGCCAUCAUUGAAUCAGAUCCGUCCGUUCCGGACAACAACGAGGUCACAUUUGCCCUGAAGUAUUGGGACAAAAGCUUGAAUGUCGUGCCCGAGGACCUCGUCUAUUCCAAUGGCCCUGUCAACGACAUCACUAACAUAGCAUCUGUCAAAACGGAUGGGGUACGUCCGGAAGUCCACUGGAGGCUCAACACCUCCCACCUAUCCGCCACAUCCUACUCGUUUGCGGGGUACCGCAACGAAUCCAUCUCCAACCCACCCAUCCGCCUGAACUAUUCCCAGUGCAGCACACCCGACCUCGCCCAGUACAACGGCUUUCUUCUCCAGCCCGGCGGUUACGGCGAUGUCGAAGCUUUGAACGUCACGUCUUACCCGACUGUGAGCGGACGCUUCGACAACCAGUCCGCCUCGCUCGAGAUCAAAGGGGUGCUCGACGCCAAGAUCCCCGGCUCGGACAUCUGCGGACCGGUGACCAUCAGCUUCCUGGGGCAGCUUGAUGGGAACAGGUCGGACGAGCUGUUGUCGAGCUCGGGCGACAAGCCAGCGUGGAAUCCGACGCUGGGUUACUCCAAGACCGUGUUUCAGUCUUCAGGUGCCCCAAGUCCCGAAUGGAGAAAUGGAGUGAGCUCGUGGUUAUAUGUCGCAGGGGCAUUGGCCUGCGCUCUAUGGUUGUUGUAGGGGGAUGCUAUCAUCAGAACAUUCUUCGGUCCACUGGCAAAGUCCUCGCUAGCG